AUCUCGGCUUAUCUCUGUUUCUGAGCACAAAUAGCUGUGAUGGGCCAAGGUCCUGAUUUUUACAGCCAGAAGGGACCUGUGGCCACGGAGCGGGGAAGGAGAGAGGGUAGGGGAGCUGCUGGAGACAUGAAAAAAUUCGGGGCCAGCGGCGAGGAAGGGCAGGGGAGAGUCAAGGACACCGGGCCUGGGAGAAGCAGGGCUGGGUUCCCUCCGGUGCCCGCUGCCACCCCUCGAAGCCUGGAGACUGCGGAGGGAGCAAGGCUCCGGCCCGACGUGAGGACUUCGCUUUUGGACACAGGUGUGAGGCUCGGGGACCAGUUCUACAAGGAAGCCAUUGAACACUGCCGGAGUUACAACUCCCGCCUGUGCGCAGAGCGCAGUGUGCGCCUGCCGUUCCUGGACUCGCAGACCGGGGUGGCCCAGAACAACUGCUACAUCUGGAUGGAGAAGAGGCAUCGAGGCCCAGGGUGGAUCAUGCUGCUGUGA